AUGUCAAAUAACCAUGCUUAUAAUAAUUAUUGUAAAUCAAGCAUUUUGUAUGCUGUGAAUUAUCAUCCAUUACGAAUCAUAAUCAAUAAAUAAACUACAUAUUCUGAAAUUAAUAAAGUUAUCAAAAUUGCAUGGAAAAUUAGCCCUACUUUUUUAAGAAUAUUUUUAUCUAAUGGAAGUGAAAUUUUUGAAGAAGAUUUAUAUUUAAUUAGAUAAGGUUCAAAAUUAUAUGCUACUCUUGAUGGUUCAGAUUUAGGUUUUAAUGUUUUAUUUUUGAAUUACUCAAUAAAUGAUCAACUUUGUCAAAAUCCAAAUUCAAUUACAAUGGUUGGAAAAAUUAAAUCCAAUAAAACAGAUGUAAUUAUUAAACAAAUUUCAACUAAAUUCUUUUCAAGAGAUGAGUUGGCCCACUUUGUUAAAAUUUUAUAAUAAAUAAAAGAUGAAAAUUGUUCUAAAUUUGUUCAUAUACACGACAUUAUUAUUUUCUAAAGACAACGUGAAAUAGUCUUAAUAACUGAAUAUUGUUAAGGGAAGUCCUUAAAAUACAUAUUAAAUUGUAUAUUAUUUCAUCAUAUGUUUAGAAAAUUAAAGAUUUUCCGAACAAGAGAUCAAAGCAAUCAUUAAAAAUUUAGCUGACAUCAUAUUUUACUGUCAUACUAGAAAUAUCAUCAUAAAAAGCCUGAAAUUUGAAAAUUUGGUUCUUAUUGAAAAAGAAAAUUUGAAUAGCGUAUUAAUUUAUAUAUCAAUUAGUUAAAAUUAACCGAUGUGGGCCUUAAUAAUGCAUAUAGAAUUCAAAAUUUAACUUCAAUAAAUAAUUAUAAUUUUUAUGCUCCAGAAUUGUUAACAUCAAAAGAAUUUACACUUUCAAGUGAUAUUUGGGCAUUUGGUAUAAUUAUAUAUUAUCUAAAUUUUUAAUCCUAUCCUUUUGAUGGUAGAACAAAACUAAUUAUCUAAUAAAAUGUGAAUCAAUAAAAAUAUUAAAUAAGAGAUGAUGCUAAUCCUAUUUUAAAAGAACUUUUAAAGUAAAUCUUUGUUAAAGAUCCUGAUUCAAGAAUUAAAAUACAAGGAAUUAUAGAUCAUCCUUAUUUCAAAUAAUAAAAUAAAUUGAAUCUUAGUUUUCAUGGCUCUCAUCAUAAACUUAGUCUGAAUCUUCUACGAUUGAAUAGUAGAAAUAGUUUUAGAAAAAAAACAAAUAGUUAACGAUUAGAUUCAGAAGAAAACAAUUCCUCAAUUAAAAGAAUUUAAAAACAGUUUUCCCUUUAAAAAUAACCAGAAAAAGAAUAAUCAAUAUUAAAUUAAUUCUAAUCAAAAUAGUACUAAUGUAAAUUAGCUAGAAAAAGAUGUCUUUCACAUAUGAUUAUUAAAUAAUAGAUAAGAUAAUCUACUAUCAAAGAAUUUUGA